UGCCACAAGUGAGUCUUCAAGAAAAGCAGCAACAAAUAAGAAUAUUAAGAUUCUGCAUGAUGUGCCACUCAUGCCAGAAACUAGAGUUGCAAGGAGACAAUCAUUCUGCAGAAGCUAUCUGUUUGGAGCUUCCACAACAGUCAUACCAUCAAUGUGAUCAAUCUUCCAUCCCAAGUUGUUCUGAUGGUGUAUUCUCUCAUGAAAGGCCAAGUGUGAAAAUGAAACUUGAUAACAUCUGGAAUAACAAAUUACAAGUUCAAGGGGAGUGCACAAGUACAUGUGAUGGGGAGUCAAAAGAAGAAUUUGCAACAACAAAAACUCAAAGUUUCUUAUAUUCUGGGACAAAAUGGAGGGACUUCCGUCCAGAGAUUACACUUGAAGCGGUACUGGAACAGAGAAUCUUAAGAAUCGGGAUGCUAUACACAAUGUCACUUCUGGCGCCUUGCAUUUUGUUGGUGAUUCAUUGGUUCCUGAUACCACAGAUUAAAACUGGCUGGAGAGUGCCAAAGUUCUCCAACAGCGUGCUGCAGAUGAGUGAAUUCGUUUGGAAGAACUGCGCGAGAAGGGUUGGAUCUGCAACAUUCAUUCUCAAGCAUCAAGAUCAUUUAUCAGGUAAGUUACGGAUCUUUGUUUAGAGUUUCAUCACACAAUCAGUCUAUGGAACAUGAUAAAAUUGACAUUUACCAGAAAUUCCAUUGCACUAAAUUUUUCAACAUGCAUUAAAGUUAAACCUAACUCUGAGCAUGAAGUUGUAUGUUUUGGUUUAAACCUAACUCUGAGCAUGAAGUUAUACGUUUUUGUUUAAGCUGGAACGUAAAUCUGAUUCACAAGCAGCCAACAUCUGUCACACUUCUUGCGUUAAAAUUCUCUAAUAUCUGUCGCUGUCACAUUAUACAUUCAAAAAGUUAAGUAUGUGUAAACCAUUUGCAAAUCAGUCUUAGAAGUGAAAGGUGUUGAUGCAGGAUUAGUUGCUCACCUACAUUCUCAAACCUUUUACUACACUUUAUAGCUUAUUCUCUUCAGUCUUCAAUAUUCAUAUUCCUCCCUAUGAAGGAUAUAUUCAUAUGCCUGUCUAAAUGUGGAAAACAAAGCCUGACAGGCACUUCUUCUCUGGCUAGUUAUUCAUUCUGAGGUAUCAAUAACAGUUUAUAUCAGUUCUGUACUCCAUCUUGUUGAAAGCAAGAAGGAUUUUUGAGGGUUGAAGCCUUUCAAGUGUCAUUUCUGUGCGUUGUCUCUUAAGGUCCAUUUUAUGUUAUAAUUCCGUUGAUUAUAGCUAGUGAAUUAUGAAUUGUAACUUCUAAGGGAAGAGCAUUUUUGUUCUAAUACCAUCAGUAACAAAACAAUGCUAGAUGUUAUCUAUUUUACAAUUAUAAUGCCUUGAAACUUGAAUAGCUUCCAAAUUAAUUUGAAGCAUCAUUCAUGUUUUAGGAAAUACUCCAUUAGCUAACAAGAUUCUCUUGAACGUGUUUCAUAAGAAAAUGAUUAUUUUCGUGAUAAUACAGGUUCCGUGUAUUUUGUGUGUUAAUUUAACUUAUGUGGAUUUGUUAGAAUUUAUUCAACAGGUUAGUCCAUCGACAACUAACUAGUGCUCAUAUUUUACUCCAUUUAACUCUAAUCUUUCUCA